CAACCCACCCACCCACCCACCCGUGAGGACAAAAGGGAGGAGGCGCAUGGGGAGCUGCGAUGCGAGGGGCCCGUCGCAGCAGCAGUAGAGCCGGGUCGGGGCGAGCGGCGGAAUAGCAGCAGCAGCAGCAGCAGCAGCAGCAGUAUUAGUAGUAGCGACUGCGGAUCCCGAGGCGAUUCCCGGUGGUGAAGAUAACCGCCCCGUCUCCUGUUUGUUCUCCCCCGUAAUCCCCCCCACCCCUCCCCAAUCUCCAUCAUGGAGAUCACGAAGCCGCCGCCGCCGCCGCCGCCGACGACGACGACGACGACGACGACGCAGCUGCAGCAGCAGCAGCGCAAGUGGGUGGUGCCGUUGCUGGCGCUGGUGCUCUUCUCGUCCCUGCUCAUCUCGAUCUCCCUCUUCUCCUCCUCCCGCGUCCUCCUCCUCUCCUUCUCCCCCAUCCGCUCCCUCGCCGGGGACGACCCCCUCUUCGUCGAGCCCAAGCUCCGCCUCCUCCCCUCGCCGCCGGCCCCCCUCCCCGCUCCGCCCCGCCUCGCCUACCUCAUCUCCGGCUCCUCCGGCGACGGCGCCGCGCUCCUCCGCGCCCUCCUCGCCCUCUACCACCCCCGCAACCGCUACGUCGUCCACCUCGACCUCGACUCCCCCGCCGCCGAGCGCGCCGCGCUCCGCGACCGCCUCGCGCGCCACCCCGUCCUCGCCGCCCGCGGCAACGUCAAGAUGAUCUCCAAGGCCAACCUCGUCACCUACCGCGGCCCCACCAUGGUCGCCAACACCCUCCACGCCGCCGCCGUGUUGCUCCGCGACGCCCCCGAUUGGGAUUGGUUCAUCAAUCUCAGCGCCUCCGAUUACCCCCUCGUUACGCAAGAUGAUCUGCUUCAUACUUUCUCGUACCUGCCGCGGGAUCUUAACUUCAUUGAUCAUACCAGUGAUAUUGGGUGGAAGGAGUUUCAGCGGGCGAAACCGAUCAUUAUCGAUCCGGGGUUGUAUAUGCUGAAAAAGGCGGAUGUUUUUUGGAUCCCACAGAGGAGGAGCGUGCCGACGGCCUUCAAACUCUUUACUGGCUCUGCAUGGAUGGCACUUUCUCGCCCUUUCAUUGACUACUGCAUCUGGGGGUGGGACAACCUCCCACGCACCGUCCUCAUGUACUACGCCAACUUUAUCUCCUCCCCUGAGGGCUACUUCCACACUGUUGUCUGCAAUGCCCGGGAGUUCAAAAACACGACCGUGAACCACGACCUCCACUUCAUCUCGUGGGACAACCCUCCAAAACAACACCCGCACUACCUCACGAUAGCCGAUAUGUCACGCAUGCUCGACAGCAAUGCCCCGUUCGCCAGAAAGUUCCGGAGGGACGAUCCAGUGCUUGAUAAGAUUGAUGCUGAGCUUUUGUUCCGUGGACCUGACAUGAUUGUGCCCGGAGGUUGGUGUGCUGGGAAGAGAGAGAACGGAAGUGAUCCCUGCUUGGUCGUGGGUAACACCACUCUCCUCCAACCAGGACCCGGAGCUAUGAGGUUGGAGCGGCUUAUUGUUUCGCUUCUCUCAUCGGAGAACUUCCGGCCGAGACAAUGCAAGUAGUAGUAUUCCUUUUUGGAUCCUCAGGUAUUAAAGCGGCACGAUAAAUUAAGGCGGUAUUUACAACUUGAGGAAAAAGAAAAGUUCUGUGGCGGAUGUUCGUCACCUUCAAUAAAAAGAAUUUUGCCGAUCAUGUUUUGUGGCCCCCAUGUACAGAGAGCAGUUAGGCGAUCAGCGCAGUGCAGUGCAACCGCCCGAACCUGGGGAGGUACCUGAUCUUUCCAUGAUCGCGAUGAUUUAUUGCAGGCCCAUUUUUUAGAUGCAUUAGCAAGCAUUUACUAUUGGAGCUCAGCAUGUUCUAGAUUUACUAGUGUUAGACAUUGAAGAAAAAUGGAAUUUAUCAAAAAUAUAUAUCAUUAUCAAUGUUUACUUACUGUUACUCCAUGUUUGUGCUACAUUUGGUAGCUGUGAUACAGUAUUUUGCACUUAACUGCUUUUUUUUUUUUUUUCUGUAAAGCAAACUGAGUAGAAGGUAAUAGAGACUUGGCACAAUAUCUACUUCAUGCUUUUGAGUAAAACAAUUCGGACAGGUGCAUCAAUGAUUUA